ACAUCCUCAGGUCGAAGAAAAACAUACACAAAAAAUCCCAUCUCCGCCAAACAUGCAUAUGGCCUCUUCAUCUCCCUUGCCGGUUUCCGUCCCCCCAACUUCUCCUGCACGACGGGUUACUGCCGGUCGCCCUUCCAAUUCCUGCUUCCCAGCGCGACCGACACCUGUCAGUCUUGUGACUUCAAAGAGAUCUACCACAGCGGUUUCCGCUGUGGGCGACGUAUCGUCCGAGGGCACAACGUAUCUGAUCGCUGGCGCUGUUGCUGUAGCGCUUCUCGGAACUGCAUUUCCCAUUCUCUUCUCCCGCAAAGACACAUGCCCAGAAUGCGACGGUGCAGGUUUCGUCAGAAAAUCAGGCGCGACUCUGAGGGCGAAUGCAGCAAGGAAGGACCAGUCUCAGAUCGUGUGCCCUACAUGCAACGGUCUUGGUAAGCUAGGGCAGAUAGAUAAGUAAGACCAAAAUACCCUUCCUUACCAAAACAUCUCACUACAUUUUGGGUUGGAUCUUAAGCUGCAGGAUAAACUGUUGUAAAAUUGUAUUUAUUUAUGCAUUUUUAUGUCUUAACCGUCUACUUUGUGGCCACCAAAUGAAUGGUUAGUUUUAUCCCAUCUUAGAUAAUUUUUUGUUCA